AGGGGUACCAACCCAUGUGAAACUACAACUUCCGCCUUUCUUCAAAGCCGAAGCUUCAAAUUGGGCUUCGCAUCGUUGGUUACACUUCGCAUGGAUCUUCGUCGUCGAGAGACUCGACACAACGAACAUGCUGCUACCGGUAUCGGUAUUGUAUCAUACUUACCGUACCGGUAUCAUACUCUACCGUACUCCGUUCACCAAAGACUUUCGCAAUUCGCAUUGAAACCGAUCCGAAGCUAAAACUAGCUAGCUAGGAAUGUGAUGCUCUAUCUCAAAUGGAGGCAGCCAUGGUUGCAGGCAAAGAUUGCAACCACUCUGUCUUUCAUAAAUCAGAUCUGUGAAACCCAAACAACAACAAAAACCAUACUCUUUACUGCAUAGGUAGUUUCUAAUUAAAUUGACCAUGAGCUCUCUGGGAAACCCCGCGCCGCUUGGCCUUUUUGCCUUUGGAAUGACGACAGCCAUGUUGAUGUUCGUGGACAUGGGGUGGGUAGAAAGUGAAUUCGAAGAAAUGGUGACUGGAUACGCCGUUUUUCUGGGUGGCGUUGCUCAAUUGAUAGUUGCCAUCUUUGAGCUCAUCAAGGGGUCCUCGUUCAGUUUUGCCGUCUUUGGCUGCUACGGAACGUUCUGGCUGGGGUGGGCGCUGGUGGUGAUUGAGAACCAUAGGCUUACAUCGGAAUUUGGAGAGUCGGGUUCUUACCCCAGUGGCAAAGCCGCGUGGUUCACUCAGUGGGGUAUCCUGACAGCAGCCUUUUUUGUGAUUACCUUGCGCAAGAACAAGGCGUUGAUUGUGGUGUUUGCUCUCUUGACCACCACCUUCUUCUUGCUGGCGGCUGCAGCCGGCUUGGAAAACAGCGAGGUCAAGAAGGUCGCUGGGUACUUUGGCUUCAUGACAGCCUUGGGAGCCUUCUACACGGGUGUAGCCGAACUGGUCAAUGAAGAAUGGGGACGACACAUCUUACCUGGACUGGAACCCAUCAUCUCCCACGAGCGUUUUUCCAUUACCAAGGAGAACAUUUUGGCAUCCCGCUGCUCGUAUGAUGCCAAGACCAACACAUUGUUCCUGCGUUUUCGCGGUUUGCAAAUCAAAUCGAUUCAAGAUGUUGACGCCAUCAAGGAGGGUGUCGAGCAAGCCAUUCUCAACGCCAAGGCACCGGGCAACAAGAUUCAUGUGGUGGUGGACUAUGAAGAUACCGUGAUUGCGGACACGAUAACAUCCAAGUAUUGGACCAUGGCAGCCGAAUUGGAGCGUUCGUAUUACUUGUCUGCCAAGCGCUUCCACGUUACUUCCUUUGGCACUCACAACCGUAGUGGUGGUGCGGCUCCAGUGACGGCGACCAUGACCAAUGUGACAGAUACACCUCGUAAUUUGGAGCACAAGUUGUCUUGCUAAAGAAAGAAAGGGCUUGGCCACUAUAUGGAAACAAAACCACAAUCUACAUACAUGAUACAGCAAAUUACCAAUCACCCACUUUUAAAAAGCAACUACUAGCUCGCUAGAAUACACAUGAACUAUUAUAACCAACAGAUCAUGGUCAAAUAAAUUCAGUUCUGGUAUGCA